GAAAUCACACAGAUUGUACCUGGGCUUAUUAAAAAAUAUUUCCAGCCAAGAAAACGUGGAUAAAGUUUUAUGUUGUAUCAUCGUUUUAUAGAGUGUUUGUGUUUAUGUCUUUAUUUAGGAUGUGUGUUAGCAUACAGUAGAGAGGUAACGUUAGCUUAAUGAAACCCAUCAAGUCGUCUAUUUUUCCCAUUUUAUGUGAUAUUAUUUUACGAAAACAGCUUGAGUUUGAAAGAUGCCACGCAAGAAGGUGACAGAUGUCUCAGGGAAUGGUGGGAUGAAAAGGAAGCGAGCCAGCGGGAAAAAGAGAGAGAGGGAUUUCAGCAGUGAUGACGAGUUUGACUUUGAGCAGGAAAACAACAAGAAAUCCGGCAAACCCACCACCAAGUCUGGUCUCCAACCGGUCACUGUGGCAGACGACGUGAAAGAGAAAAUAAAACUCGAGUGCCCAAAGGUAAAGGGCCAACUGCUCAUCUUUGGGGCAACCAACUGGGAUUUGAUUGGAAGAAAGGAGGUUCCCAAACAGCAAGCUGCUUUCCGCAACCUGGGCCAAAAUCUCUGGGGCCCUCAUCGUUAUGGCUGCCUAAAUGACGUCCAGGUUAGCUGCGUGGUGUCCGGCCCCUGUGCUGCUCACAGUCUCUUCAUAACCACAGAGGGCAAGCUGUGGAGCUGGGGUCGUAAUGACAAAGGUCAGCUGGGUCAUGGAGACACCAAGCGCCUGGAAGCUCCCAAGUUAAUCGAGGCCCUGGCAGAGCAUGUUAUUGUUUCUGUAGCCUGUGGACGCAAUCACACCCUGGCACUCACAGAGGAUGGCGCUGUGUAUUCAUUUGGAGAGAACAAGCUGGGCCAGCUUGGUCAGGGCAACCAGACUGAUGCAGUCCUCACCCCAGCACUGAUUUCCUACAAUGGGCAGCCCCUGGUGAAGGUGGCUUGUGGUGCUGAAUUCAGCAUGGUGGUGGACUGCAAAGGAAACCUGUACUCGUUCGGCUGCCCAGAGUAUGGACAGCUGGGUCACAACAGUGAUGGAAAGUUCAUAGCUCGUGCCCAGCGCAUAGAGUUCGACUGUGAGCUCAUCCCUCGUCGUGUCGCGAUCUUCAUUGAGAAGUCCAAGGAUGGCCAGAUCAUGCCUGUGCCUAACGUGGUUGUGAGAGACGUGGCCUGCGGGGCUAAUCACACGCUGGUGCUGGACUCUCAGAAGCGCGUGUUCACCUGGGGCUUUGGCGGCUAUGGGCGCCUCGGUCACACCGAGCAGAAGGAUGAGAUGGUUCCCCGGCUGGUCAAGCUGUUUGACUUUCCUGGCCGUGGUGCCAGUCAGAUCUAUGCAGGCUACCAAUGUUCGUUUGCUGUCAGCGAGAUGGGUGGGCUGUUUUUCUGGGGGGUGACCAAUACUUCUAGAGAGUCAACCAUGUACCCCAAAGCUGUGCAGGAUCUUUGUGGCUGGAAGAUCCGCAGCCUGGCAUGUGGGAAGAGCAGCAUCAUCAUUGCUGCAGAUGAGAGUACAAUCAGCUGGGGACCCUCACCCACAUUUGGAGAGCUGGGAUACGGAGACACCAAACCCAAAUCCUCCACCACCGCCCAGGAGGUAAAGACCUUGGAUGGCAUCUACAUUGAGCAGGUGGUGAUGGGCUACUCUCACUCUCUGGUCAUUGCUAGACAGGAUACUGAGCAGGAACAGGAGAAACUUAAAAAGCUGCCUGAGUACAACCCCCGAACAAUCUGAAGGGCCCACCAGCAGUGACACCUCAACCCAUUUCACAGAGCAGAGGAACAACCAUGUGAUCAGCAGGAAUACCUGACCUGUUCAGUCGCUACUAGUCACAGCAUCGUGCUAGUGGGAUGGUUGAGUUGAGGGGAGAGGUGUUCACGAGUCUGAAGGUUAUCCACACAUCUCGACUCCCAACAGACUCCACAACAAUUUGGACACUCAAAUCAGAGAAGAUGGGACUGGAGACUGACAGAUGCUCUGGAUGGUCCAGCUCUCACAAUGAAUGGUCAAGAUAUCUUUACUUCCCAAUGAGCCUGCAACGGUUUGUUCUAAGCACAUCUCGUCCAGCAAAGUUGUGCUUCCCAAAAAACCCAUUCCAGUUUCUUUUCUCAUUCAUGUCGGGUCUCUUAAUUCUGUUUGUUUGUUUCAGUAUUGAUAGUUGUGACAUUUACAGGUGCUACUUCAGGAGCCCUCGGUCUUUUCCUACUGGGGGCAUUUUAAAGACCAACACUCCAUACCUGUGCCUUUUUCUACAUGUAUGUUCAGGUUAUGGAAUUCUUGUUUAUUUGGUUCCGAGGAUCAGCUGAUCCAUCUUGUCUGUGGCAGUGUGACCGAGUGUUUGCGACUGCUGCAGAUUAUAAUCAGGAUUUGGAACAUACACUGUGUCUCAUUUUGAAUACUUGCAGUAAUACACUUCCAUAUAGUGCACUUAAGUACUUUGUUGCAGACUGCAUUAAGGUCGACAGGAUAGUGUUUACCCAGAUUAAACACAGUUGGUUGUAUACUCUCCACUGACUGAAGUUGUCUUGAUGUUUGGCAGCCACCUUGGUAAUGCCUCUGGGCAGCUAUUCUGAAGCUUCUUUUGAUUGAAUUGAAGGUUUGACUUUAGUGUUCACCAGGACCAAACUGCAUGCAUAGAAUCGCGAGUCAAAUCUGAUUAAAACACUUUUGGAGACUGCCCCAGAAUGAGAUUUAAAAAGCUUUUUUUCCUUUGCAAAUUAUACUUGGAGUAUCCACGUGCAGUUUGACAACACCACAGCUUUAUUAACAACUGCCAAAAGUCUGAAAAAUGCCAAGCUUAUUGUUGUUAUGGAUAUACAGGAAACUAAGAAAAGAUGAUCUGGUGCAACAACACGGAUGGCUCGUAUGCAUCCUGGUCCAGCUGUUGAGUAUACCAUUCAGGUACUCUGUUUACUCUAUGCAGUCGCACUUGUCAUUGUGAGCACACUUAUGCAUUAAAUAGUAAGUGUAUGGAAGAAUAUUACCUGAGACACAGCAGCCAUGUUCUGUGCACUUCAUGUUGAUGUUACAUUCCUUGUUUCUUCAAUGUUUGCAUCAAUGAUGCGCGCCUCAGUCCUUCCAAGACCACAGAGUCUCUUAGCUCUUUUUUUUCUCUUGUUUAUUUCAUUAAGUUUAACUUUUACAGCGCUCUAAGCAAUUUCACAAACAGGUCUGAACCUUCAAAACCACCAAUGCACUGUCUAAACUCGUUCAACGUGAUAAGGUGCAGUGCGUUCUUUUUAAUGGUGAAAUUUCUCUGGGUUAUGUUUUUGUUUGGUUUGUUUCUUGCUUUUUUUUAUUUCAUUGAAAUGGUUGAAUAAAGAUUCCUGUAAAUGAA